AUGCAGAAUUGGGCUCAAAGGCUAGAGCGUGAGAUUGAUGGAGUGAUGAAGAUAUUUGGCGAUGUUAAGCAGCUCAGACAGAUCUAUGAUGAGAAGAAGAAUUUAUUUGAAGUAAGAGACAACAUCCCUGAAAAAAUCGUGGAGAAAGUGGCAGGAGACAUUGAGAGUCUCUUGGCCAAGAAAGUCCAAGCUUUAAAGAGGCUGGCUGAUGAGGCAGAGAAGUUUCAGAAGGCCCAUCGAUGGCAAGACAACAUUAAGGAGGAAGAUAUUGAAUAUUAUGACUCCAAGGCUGAUACAGAAUAUGAUGAUCCAGAAGGGGAAGAGGUUGAAAGAGAGAAAUCUAAUUCCUUGAAGUUGGAAUUCACGGAUGAUGAUAACUUCAAAACCAAAGUUAAUUACUCAUAUGCAGCUGUACAGAUACCUACAGACAUCUACAAAGGCUCCACUGUAAUUCUCAAUGAACUGAAUUGGACAGAAGCCUUAGAGGAUGUGUUUGUGGAAAACCGAAAAGAAGACCCGUCUCUGCUGUGGCAAGUCUUCGGCAGUGCUACAGGGGUAACCCGCUUCUAUCCAGCCUCCCCAUGGAGAGCCCCCAAUAAGAUUGACCUGUAUGAUGUCCGAAGAAGGCCUUGGUACAUUCAAGGGGCCUCAUCUCCAAAAGACAUGGUGAUCAUUGUGGAUGUGAGUGGCAGCGUCAGUGGCCUGACACUGAAGCUGAUGAAGACCUCAGUCUAUGAUAUGUUGGACACCCUCUCAGAUGAUGACUACGUUAAUGUUGCUUCUUUUAACCAAAAGGCACAACCUGUGUCCUGCUUCAAACAUUUGGUCCAAGCUAAUAUCCGCAACAAGAAGGUCUUCAAAGAGGACGUAGAAGGAAUGGAGGCCCAAGGAACCACUGAUUAUAAGGCUGGCUUUGAAUAUGCCUUUGAGCAAUUGCAAAAUUCCAAUAUCACAAGAGCCAAUUGCAAUAAGAUGAUCAUGAUGUUUACUGAUGGAGGAGAAGACAGAGUGCAAGAUGUUUUUGAGAAGUAUAAUGGACCCAACAAGACGGUACGAGUAUUCACCUUUUCUGUUGGACAGCAUAACUAUGAUGUCACUCCCCUGCAGUGGAUGGCUUGUGCUAAUAAAGCUUGCUGUACAAAUAAUGCUAUGAUAUACACAUAUUGCUAUAUUUCAUGUUUCUGGAUGAAUGCAUGUUAUGUGUUGUUAGUUUUAGUCUCCUUCUGCUUCCUGCAGGAAUAUCUCAAUGUCCUGGGAAGGCCCAUGGUCUUGGCCGGAAACAAAGCGAAGCAGGUUCAAUGGACCAAUGUCUAUCAGGAUGCUUUAGGCCUGGGUUUAGUGGUAACAGGCACUCUGCCUGUAUUUAACCUCACUGAUGAUGGUCAGUCUCACGGGAGCAGUGAAUGGAAGAACCAGCUCAUCCUGGGUGUUGUGGGGAUUGAUGUGGCUCUAAAUGAUAUCAAGAAGCUGACACCACGAUACAAUUUGGGGGCUAAUGGCUAUGUAUUUGCUAUUGACUUGAAUGGAUAUGUAUUGCUACAUCCAAACCUGCGACCUCUGAUCAUCAAUUUUCAAGAAGCUGUAACCCUGGAUUUCCUUGAUGCUGAACUAGAGGAUGAGAACAAAGAAAGGAUUCGCCGAAGCAUGAUAGAUGGAAAUAAAGAUCAACAAUAUAUUAAGACUCUGAUAAAAUCCCUUGAUGAGAGGUAUGUUGAUAAAGUUCAUAGAACCUACACUUGGGCACCUAUCAAAAGCACAAACUACAGCUUAGGUCUGGUCUUACCGAAUUACAGCAGAUCUUACAUCCAAGCUAAUCUAAGUGACCAGAUUCUCCAGGUGAAGUAUUUUGAAUACCUGCUGCCAAACAGCUUUGAGUCCGAGGGACAUGUAUUCAUUGCUCCAAGAGAAUAUUGCAAAGACCUCAACCUGUCGGAUAACAACACUGAAUUCCUGGAAAACUUUAUUGCCCUCAUGGAAAAGGUGACGCCUGACUCCAAACAAUGUGACAACUUCCUUCUUCACAACCUUAUCCUGGACACUGGAAUUACACAACAGCUGGUGGAAACAGUAUGGAAGAAUCAAGAUUUAAGCACAUAUAGUCUUCUAGCUGUGUUUGUUGCCACAGAUGGUGGCAUCACCCGUGUUUUCCCUAACAAAGCUGCUGAAGAUUGGGAAGAAGACCGAGAGCCCUUCAAUGCCAGCUUUUAUCGAAGAAGCCUAGAUAAUAAAGGCUACACCUUUAAGCCUCCUUACCGAGAUCCCAGCUAUAGAGGAUCAGAGCCAGACAGCAGUGCUGUUGGGAUCCUGGUUAGCACAGCUGUAGAACUCAACAUAGCAGAGAGGCAUCUGAAGCCAGCAGUGGUUGGAGUAAAACUUGACUUGGAGGCCUGGACACAAAAAUUUAAAGUCCUUGCUAGCAAUCAAACAGAUCAGCAGAAAACACGACGAUGUGACCUCUCUACAAGCUGUGAGAUGGACUGUGAUACUAAUGACAAGGAUCUGCUUUGUGUGCUUAUUGACGAUGGUGGAUUUCUGGUGAUCUCCAACCAAGAAGACUACAAAUAUCAGGUCGGGAAGUUCUUCAGUGAAGUGGAUGCCCAUUUGAUGUCUGCUCUCUACAACAAUUCAUUCUUCACACAGAAAGAAUCCUACGACUUUCAGUCUGUCUGCGCUCCAGAAGCCCCAAGCAACACAGGAAGCGCACCACGUGGGGUCUAUGUGCCAACCAUGGCAGAUUUCUUGAACCUGGCUUGGUGGAGCUCAGCAGCCGCAUGGUCUCUAUUUCAGCAGUUCUUGUAUGGAUUAGCCUAUAACAGCUGGUUUCAAACAGAGGAUGUUUCAGCAGAAAACAUGGAAUCCAGAGAGACCAGCUGCAUCAUGAAACAAACUCAAUACUAUUUUAGUUCUGUUAACUAUACUUACAACACCAUCAUUGACUGUGGAAAUUGCUCUAGGUUGUUCCAUGCACAAAGGCUUGCUGGGUCUAAUCUUCUGUUUGUUGUAGCAGAAAAGCCAAUAUGCAGUCAGUGUGAAUCCACAAAACUUCUCCAAGCAGAGAUAAAAGCUCCUCCAGGAGAUCGCAAUCAAUGUGAGCUAGUAGAGAAGCCACGUUACCGGAAAGGUCCCCACGUCUGUUUUGAUUAUAACAUAACUGAAGACACCUCGGAUUGUGGCAGAGGGGCCUCCUUUAGACCUUCCUUGAAUAUCUUGUUAUGCUUGCAGUUACUCCUUCUCUAUUUGACUGCAAGUCACCAUUCGCUGCCCUUGGCAUUUUGCCUUUGAAACGCCCAUUUAGCUUAACCCAUCCUUUUUAUUUUAUGCACAUCAUCAUCCCCUCCAGACUUGCUAGAAGAUGACUUCUGCCUAGUCCCAUCAAUUCUGGCUGCACCUUGGCAUUCACUCAUGAGGAUUGUUGCUUUCUUUACUCAGAAACCCAGAAGUUGUUCUUGGUUUUUUUCCCCUUUUCCUCCAUCAAUCCUUGCCUUUCCAGUGUCUCUGCACAGCAGGUUGUGCUAAAGAGAGAUUUGAGAUGACAAGGGGAAGCAUGGACCACCGUGAUCUUCUCCACACAGGGAACAUUCUUGAGCUUUGAUUCAUUGUUCCCCUUUCCACUCAUUGAGCUGUUGGCCAAAUACAAAGAACAUGGCCCCUUGGUUUUAUUUUUCCAUUGAAUCUAUGGAAUUCUGGGAGACCUUUGUUAGUUUUCUUGUGAAGGAUUUUU